CCGCGACCGCAUCAUCACAAGAGUACCUGCCAUGAGCAUGGAAGACACAGACGCCCAGCGCGUAGCUUGGGAGGCCGAGCAGACAGAGAUGAAGUGCGCGAUGAACAUGACGAGCUCCGUGGAUGAGAGCCGCCUCGCCCGCAUCGGCGGCGUCGACAUCUCGUUCCUUAAGGGAACCAAUGACGCCUGCGCGACCCUUGUUGUCCUCUCGUAUCCCGACCUUAAAGUGCUCUGUGAAGCCUCUUGCUACACGAACCUGACACUGCCAUACAUCCCAACGUUCCUUGGCUUUCGUGAGCUACCGGCGCUCCUGCCACUCUUCGAUAUGAUCCCAGAGGACCUUCAGCCGCAACUCGUCUUUGUCGAUGGCAAUGGGCGACUGCAUCCUCGCGGCUUUGGCAUCGCGUCGCACUUGGGCGUGGUCAAGGCGCUGCCAACGAUCGGCGUUGCCAAGACGUUUCUCAACGUCGAUGGCCUCGCCAAGUCCCACAUCCGCGCGCUCGUCGAGGACGCCAAGGCGAUCCAGCGCGGCGACGCCAGCAAAGACGACGUUAUCGUGCCGCUGCGUGGCGAGUCGGGCACGGUAUGGGGCUCGGCACUGUGCACGAAAGGAAUUCAAAACCCCAUCUAUGUCUCGAUCGGCAACCUCAUUACGCUCGAGCAAGCCGUCGCGCUCACGCAAGUAACAUCGCUGUUCCGUGUGCCCGAGCCAAUUCGACAAGCCGACUUGCGGUCGCGCGCCAUCAUUAGAGCAUGGGAAGCCGACGGCGUCGACACGGGUUUCCGCGUGUACACUGGGCCGUAGUGCUUGCGGCCUCGACACGAAUAUCAAGUCA